UCCCGGGGUAAUGCCCUGGAACCUGUUUUUGAUCUAGCCACUCAGCGUCUAGAGAGGAACACAGAGACGGGAAUGCGUUGUUGGGGCUUCACGAUUUCAACCCUGUAACAUGGAUAAUGAUAUUUAUGUUCAUUGGAGAGUGGAGGAUGUGUGUGUGUAAUGCUGGUUUAGGUGUCCGCCCACUGAGUUGUCUGAUCGGAGGGCAGGCAGGCAGAGUGUAAAAUGGCGCACAGCUGUCGGUGGCGGUUCCCUGCUCGGCCCGGAGGGAGCAGCAACUCGGGCACCGGGAAGAGAGCGGGCCGAAUCCGGGUCACUGCCUCUCUCCGACCGGGCACAGGGACUUACCCUAACACGACCGGCCUCGGACCUGGGUUUGAUGCUGCGUUACAAGUCUCCUCUGCCAUCGGUAGCAACCUGCAGAAAUUUCGGGAUGUUUUGGGGGAGUCGAGCGGCUCCAGCAGUGGAGAGGAUGAAGCGUUUGGGGGUUUUGGUACCGUCAGUGAACACAGCAGAGUACAGAGCCCAGUGCGGGCUGCAGAGGGUCCUACAUGGCAGGAGAAGAAGCCCAGAGGCCGGCCCCCCAGAACACCGAUUGCCCAGAAAGCAGCGUCGGGCCUCGUCCCCCCUUCCUCCUCCCCUUCCUCCUCCUCUUCCUCGCCGGCCCCGGGGCGACCGGAUGGCGCUGAGCAGCCGGGUCAUAAGGUGAAGCGUCUGCCAGGCAGGCCCCCUGGCUCCGGGGAGAAGAGGCGGGGGCGACCGCCCACCGUGGGCACCCAGAGACCCUGGCACCCCGGGGAGGAGGGCAGGCUGGCCGGCCCGGAGCAGGAAGACGACGAGGACAAGGACAGGAAGUCGUCCAAGCGGACGCCGCUGGGCUCGGUCCAGCAGCAGGAGCCCGAGGCGAAAGGCGGCGACGCCAAGCUGACCAAGCUGAAGCGCCUCCGCGAGGUGAAGCUCAGCCCGCUCAAGUCCCGCCUCCAGGCCAUCGCCAGGAAGGGCGUGGCCGUGCCGGGCGUGCCGCGACGCAGACGCGGGAGGCCGCCCUCCGCCGAGCGCCUCAAAGCUCAGGCUGCCGCCGCCGCCCAGGCCUCGGGCCUGGAGGGGAACCACAAGGCUGUGAGGGGGAGAGACUCCCACCCUCCCCUGAGUCCGGAUCCCCCGUCGCCGGCCACCUCGCCGCCGGCCUCCCCCUCCCCCUCCAGGCUGGGCCGGCCCCUGGGCCUGAGGCAGAGCCCGCGGCACAUCAAGCCUGCCAGGAUGGUGCCGCCCGCCAAGCGCACGGACGCCACCAUCGCCAAGCAGCUGCUGCAGAGGGCCAAGAAGGGGGUGCAGAUGAAGAAGCUGCUGGGGAACGAGGCGGCGGCCAUCGGGGCGCCGGGGGCGGCGGGCGGCGAGGGCGGCAUCCGCCGCAGGAGGCGGACCCAGCUGAAGAACAUCCGGCAGUUCAUCAUGCCGGUGGUGAGCACCGUGUCGCUGCGCAUCAUCAAAACGCCCAAGCGCUUCAUGGAGGACGAGGGCGGCUUCGGGGCUCCGCCUCCCCACAUGAAGGUGCCCAGGUUGGAGACGCCCCCUUCUGUCGCGGUGGCAGCAGCCGCCCCCCCUCCCUCCUCGGCCUCCCCCGUCCAGGCCUCCUUAGCCUCCAACGCCGGGACUCCCACCCCUUCCGACUCCCUCCCUCCCCUGCCGGCCCCCGCCGCCACGCCCGGCGCCCCGCCCCCGCCGGCCGGCAUGCCGGCAUCCAACGGCCGGUUCAGCAGCAGCGCGGCGUCCUGCGGCUCCAUGUCCCAGCACUCCUCCCAGCUGUCCUCGGCCGAGUCGUCCCGCUCCAGCAGCCCCAGCCUGGACGACUCGUCGUGCGACUCCCAGGCCUCAGAGGCCACGCAGGCCCCGUCGGAGGCCGAGCGCCGCCGCGGCCGCUCCUCCUCCCCCCAGGCGGAGCUGCACACCUCACGGCCCCCCUCGCCUCCCUCGGAGCCGGAGGUUCUGGUGGAGCGGGGCCGGCGAGGUCGGAGAGGUCAGGGGUCGGGGCGGGGCAGCGUCGGGGGGCGGGGCAGGGGCAUCCUGACCAGCGGGGGGAAGAAGGCCAUCAUCAGCCCCGCCACGGGGGUCCUCAUGUCCUCUUCCGCCCUGGCUGCCUCCCAGCAGGCCUCCUCCACCGCCUCCUCCCCCCCGCCUCCACCGCUCCUCACCCCCCCUCAGCCGCCCCAGUCCGCCGCCUCCAACGUGGGUGGCCCCGUAAGCGAGCACCACUCCCAGUCCCCCUGGAUCCUGCCGCACCCCAUCGCCCCCUUCCUGCAGACCCCGGCCUCACUGGACAAGCGGGGGGGCAGCAGAUCCAUCCUGAGGGAGCCCACGUUCCGCUGGACCUCGCUGUCUCGCUCCCAGCACCACUACUUCUCCUCCGCCAAGUACGCCAAGGAGGGCCUGAUCAGGAAGCCUGUCUUCGAUAACUUCCGCCCGCCGCCUCUUACCGCCGAGGACGUGGGCCUGAUGCCUGGAGGUGGCGGCUCCGGAGCCGGGGUCGCGCCGGGGGGCUUCCCAGCCCAGGGAGGGGGGUCCGGGUCAGGCUCGCGCCUCUUCUCCCCCCUCCACCACCACCAUCACCAGCCCCAGUCCUCAAGGUUCGAGGCGCCCCCUCUCCAGAAGCGCAGUCCCCUGCUGCGAGCCCCACGCUUCACCCCCAGCGAGGCCCACUCCCGGAUCUUCGAGUCCGUCACCCUGCACUCUUCUUCGGGCAGCAGCCCCGGGUCCCUGUCCCCCCUCCAGACCUCCUCCAGCUCGUUACGGUCAAUCAGACGCAAGAAGAGGCGGGCCCUGGGAACUUUGCGCAGCCAGCCACGGUCCCCGUCGCACUCCAUGACCCGGCGAAGCAGCCAAUCAGGGGGUCAGGUGUCCGGGCGGGGGGUGUCGGAUCUGUCGGGGAUGGGGGGCUCUGUGUCCGGCUCUCUGCCCGUGGCGCCCCCCAACCCUCUAGUCACUAGUGCCUUAACUCCUGCCUCCUUCAGCACCUUCUCCAGCCCCGGGGCCCUGGGCCUGCCCUCGCACGCCUCCCCCGACAGCAGGAGGGCGGCUGCCGGCAUGGCUUCUUCCUCCUCCUCCCAGCUCUUCCCUCUGUUUGCUUCCAGCUCCCAGGAGCCAGGCCGGGGGGGCGUGGGGAGGGCCGAAGGGGGCAGGAGCGCCACGGCCCCCAAGGAGAAAGACAGGGACACGGAGAAGAGCAGGGAGCGAGAGAAGGAAAACAAGAGGGAGGGGAGGAAGGAGUGGGAGAAAAGAGGAGGGAAGGUCUCCACGCCCGACGCCUCCCCAAGCCCCGCCUCCAGCCUGUUCUCCACCGAGGGAAGGGAGACAGACGACUGCAUUUCAUCCCUCGCUCCAAAAAAGACUCCCGGCCGAAAGAAGCCGGCAUCCGUGGACUCUUCCUCCACUGAAGCUCCGCCCACUGACAAGGGGGCGCUCCAGACCCCUCCCCCCUCCCUGUCCAAGGGUCGUCUGACCAAGAAGGGGCGGCCCUCAGAGAGGGGGGCAGACCCAGAGUUGGAGGACCAGGAGAGGGAGAAACCAAGUGCCCCAACCCAGCCAGCGGGUGGCGUCCCUGGGCAGGCGCAGGGCAGACAGGCCCCUGCCCCGUCUCUUUGCUCCAUGCUGGCCCAUGCAGAGAAGCAGCCGGUGGCUGACAAGAGUGUGGCACGCGUGCUGAGGAAGGCUAAGGACCAACUCUUCAGUAUCGAGAAGAUCAAGUCCCUCAAACCCCCCGAUCAGCCUAAAGCCCAGGGUCAGGAGAGCGAUUCGUCCGAGGCGUCCGUCCGCGGCCCUCGCAUCAAACAUGUGUGCCGGCGUGCGGCCGUGGCGCUGGGGCGGAACCGGGCCGUGUUCCCCGACGACAUGCCCACCCUCAGUGCCUUGCCCUGGGAGGAGAGGGAGAAGAUCCUGUCUUCCAUGGGGAACGACGACAAAUCAUCAGUGGCGGGUUCAGAGGAGGCAGAGCCACAGUCCCCGCCCAUCAAGCCAGUGACCCGCAACAAGUCUCUGCAGGAGGCCCCGCCCAGGAAGGGGCGUCGGUCUCGUCGCUGCGGCCAGUGCCCCGGCUGCCAGGUGCCUGAGGACUGUGGUGUGUGCACCAACUGUCUGGACAAGCCAAAGUUUGGGGGACGCAAUAUCAAGAAGCAGUGUUGCAAGGUGAGGAAGUGUCAGAACCUCCAAUGGAUGCCUUCCAAGAUGAUCCUCCAGAAGCAGGGCAAAGGCAAAAAAGACAAGAAGAAGAAGCUGUCCGAUAAGAAGGAGGGGCUUGUGAAAGGGCCAAUAACAGAGUCCGGUCUCAAGACGGCCACGCCCAUUCUGAAGGAGGAGCCUCCACGCAGGAAGAGUGAGACUCCUCCCCCGAAGGCAGGCGAGGAGAAGCAGUCGUCUCCACCCUCCACCCCUAGCGAGCCUCCUCAGCCCCCCAGCUCAACCCCCACCCCUGCCCAGACACCAGGCCCCACCCUAGAGGCAAAACAAGCUCCACCCCCAACCAACCAGAGCAGUAAGAAAGGACCGAAGUCACAGCAGCCCACCCCUCCCUCCUCUUCCUCCUCCUCCUCCUCUUCCUCCUCUUCUUCCUCCUCUUCCUCUUCCUCUUCUCCAUCCCAGAGCUCCCCGUCCCCUCCUGCCCAAUCCCAGCUGCCCUCCCAGCAGCAGCAACGCCCUUCACCCAAUCAGGCGCCGCCAAAAAAGGAUGUCCUGCCCAAGGUCCCGCCCUCAGAGCCUAAGAGGAAGCCCCAGCCGCAACCCGGUCUGGCCACACCCACACCAGACACAGCGUAUGAGUCUAAGACGCAGCAGCUGAAGAAGUCGUCCGGGCGCUACCUCCCCUCUCCCCCUCUGAAGCUCGGGCAGAAGGAGCGGGAGAGAGAGAAGGAGAAGGCCCCCAUCCCCAGAGCCCUGAGCAGCAGCCGGGCUUUAAACUGGCAGAGCACUCCCUCGGGGGGGCGGCCCUGGCCCCGGGCGCCCUGGGAUGGAGUGCACCGCAUCCGACUGGACUUCCAGCGCCGGGCCGCUGAGCCGGACAGGGUGUGGCAGGCCGGCGGGCUCAGCCUCCUCACCUCCACGCCCAUCACGCCUCGCGUCAUCUGCUUCCUGUGCGCCAGCAGUGGCAACGUCGAGUUUGUCUUCUGCCAGGUGUGCUGUGAGCCCUUCCAUCUGUUCUGCCUGGCCGAGGCAGAGCGCCCCCUGGAGGAGCAGAGGGAGAACUGGUGCUGCCGGCUAUGCCGCUUCUGCCAGACCUGCGGAAGGCAGCACCAGAAGACCAAACAGCCUCUGCUGGAGUGUGAUAAGUGCCGUAACAGCUACCACCCCGAGUGCCUGGCCCCCAACCACCCCACCGCCCCCACCAAGAAGAAGAGAGUCUGGGUGUGCACCAAGUGUGUGCGCUGUAAGAGUUGUGGAGCCACCAAGCCCGGGAAGGCGUGGGACGCCCAGUGGUCACAUGACUUCUCGCUCUGUCACGACUGUGCCAAACUCUUUGCUAAAGGUAACUUCUGCCCGCUGUGUAACAAGUGCUAUGACGAUGACGACUUCGACAGCAAGAUGAUGCAGUGCGGCCGCUGUGACCACUGGGUGCACUCCAAGUGUGAGGGCCUGACAGAUGAGAUGUACGAGUUAAUGUCCAAGCUGCCAGAGAGCGUGGCCUACACGUGCACCCACUGUACAGAGCGCCCCCCGGCGGAGUGGAGGACUGCCCUGGAGAGGGAGCAGCAGGCUGGGAUCAGACAGGUCCUCACGGCCCUGCUCAACUCCCGCACCUCCACACACCUGCUGCGCUACCGCCAGGCGGUGAUGAAGCCCCCAGAGCUGAACCCAGAGACGGAGGAGAGGCUCCCCUCCCGGAGGUCCCCCGAGGGCCCCGACCCUCCCGUCUUGACCGAGGUGGGGCCCCCCAGCGACUCCCCCCCAGACCUGGAGUCUGUGGAGAAGAAGAUGGACCGAGGGCUCUACAAGUCUGUGCUGGAGUUCAGUGAUGACAUUGUGAAGAUCAUCCAGGCAGCCAUGAACAGUGAUGGAGGCCAGCCAGAGAACCGCAAGGCCAACAGCAUGGUCAAGAGCUUCUUCACACGGCAAAUGGAGAGGGUCUUCCCUUGGUUUAAGGUGAAGGAGUCCAGCUACUGGGAAAGUCACCAAGUCUCCCCCAACAGCGGACUCCUCCCCCACGCCGUCCUGCCCCCCUCCCUGGACCACAACUACGCCCAGUGGCAGGAGCGUGAGGAGCAGUCCCGGGCCGAGCAGCCCCCCCUCAUGAAGAAGAUCAUCCCGGCUCCCCGGCCCAAGACCCCCGGGGAGCCCGACUCCCCCACCUUCCCCGCACCGCCUCCCCAUCUGCCUCCCCCUCCCCCCCUGCUGCAUGACCUGGGUCGUGAGGACAGUCCUGACGUCCUCCCUCCACCAGGGGUCAGUGACAACCGUCAGUGUGUUCUGUGUCUGAAGUACGGGGACGAGAACACCAACGAGGGCGGCCGGCUCCUGUACAUGGGUCAGAAUGAGUGGACCCAUGUGAACUGUGCUCUGUGGUCGGCCGAGGUGUUUGAGGACGACGACGGCUCUCUGAAGAACGUCCACAUGGCCGUUCACCGAGGGAGGCAGCUGCGCUGUGAGAGCUGCCAGAGGCCUGGGGCCACUGUGGGCUGCUGUCUGACCUCCUGCUCCAGCACCUACCACUUCAUGUGCGCCCGGCAGAAACACUGUGUCUUCCUGGAGGACAAAAAGGUCUACUGCCAACGCCACAGGGACCUCAGCAAGGGCGAGGUGGUGUCAGAGUCUGGGUUUGAGGUGACCCGGCGGGUUCUGGUGGACCUGGAAGGGAUCAGCCUCAAGAAGAAGUUCCUCACAGGCCUGGAGCCCGAGAAUGUCCACAUGAUGAUAGGCUCUUUGACCAUCGACUGUCUGGGAAUACUGACUGAGCUGUCGGACUGUGAGCGCAAGCUCUUUCCCAUAGGAUACCAGUGUUCCAGGGUGUACUGGAGUACCCUAGAUGCCCGCAAGCGUUGUGUGUACACCUGCAGGAUCCUGGUGUGUCGCCCCCCAGUGGUGGAGUCUGAGAUGUCAGCUCCAGAAGAGAACCGCACCAUCGCACACAGCCCUCUGUCUCUCUCAGAUAAAGAGCUGUCUCCGUGGUCAGACCCCUUCGACUCCCCCAAGCGCUCCGACGCCCUGUCCCCCCCCACUACCCCUAAACUGAGGGUGUACUCCCGCAACAGGCACCCCAGCUACCCCCCCUGUCAGCGAUCACCAGGGUCCAGACCUCUGCCCUCUCCAGACGGGUCGUCCCAGGCGGUCCAUGAGAUAGUCACGGUGGGAGAUCCUUUGCUGAGCUCCAGCCUGAAAAGCAUCGGGUCCCGGCGCCACAGCACCCCUUCGCUGUCCCCGCCUCCGCCCCCCCACUCCGCCAGGCACAAAGGUCUGGCCUCCACCCCGCCAGGCCACAUACGCCCCCUCCCCUCCCAGACACGCGCCCUCUCCUCCCCCCCACCGUCUCUCACGCGCCCCUUCUCCUCCCCCCCGCCCACACACGCCCGGACGCUGUCCUCCCCCUCUGUGUCCCACAUAAGAACUCUCUCGUCCCCCACUUCGUCUCACGCCCGCCCCCUCUCCUCCCCCCCUCCGCUCAUCCCCUCCCCUAUGAGGGAUCCGGAGAGGGCCCGAGGGUCCUGCAGAGAUCCAGCCCACAGGGAGGCAGAGAGGAGCCGGCAGCCCAGGGGAGAGCACAGCCUGAGGGAGGCAGAGAGGAGCCGGCAGCCUAGCAGAGACCCAGGGAUGAGGGGGACAGAGAGGAGCCGGGGGCCUGGCAGAGAGCAGAGUCUCAGGGAGGCCGAGCGGGCCAAAGGGUCCAGAGACUCAUGUUUGAGGGACAUGGAGAAAGCCCGGCCAGCCAGAGAUCCAGCCCUUAAGGAGCCAGAGAAAGGGAGGCCGUUGAGUAAAGACCCCAGUCAGAAGGACACAGACAGGGGUAGGCCUUCCAACAGAGACCCAGGCUUGAAGGAGUCAGAGAAGGGUAGGCCGUCCAGCAAAAUCCAAGGUCUCAAGGAAACAGAGAGGGGCAGACAGCCCAGCAAAGACCCAGGGAGGGAGUUUGACAAGGGCAGGCUGUCAGGCCAUGCCCAGAGAGACACAGAGAAGGGCAGAGCACCAGGUGGAGACCCAAGCUCCAGGGAUUCAGAGAGGGAUAAAUCAUCCAGCAAAGACCCUGGUCCUAGAGAGGCAGAGAGAGGCAAAGCACCUCGAGAACAGAGCCUGAAAGACACAGAGAGGACCAGGCCCUCCAGCAGAGAGCCAGGACAGAGGGACGGAGAGAAGGCUAGGCCGUCGAACCGGGACACAGAGAGAGGCAGGCUGUCUAACAAAGACCCAGGCUCAAAGGAUGCCGACAGGGGUAGGCCACACAGCAAAGAUCCAGGCCUGAGAGACAUGGAGAAGAGCAGACAGGCUAGUCGAGAGCCAGGCUUAGCCGAGAGGUCUAGACCGGGCAGUGGAAGUAAGAGCCAGGGCCGGGAUCCCAGCUCUGCGAGUCCUGGAGCCCAGCACAGACCCUCCCACGGCCAGGCUGAGAGGAAGGCCGAGGCUGGGGGGAAGGAGGGAAUCUCCAGGCUGGGCGCUGGAGGCCCAGGGUUGGCCAGUGUAGGCCAGGCUUCACCAGUGCUGGGCACAGCCAUACUGACCAGCCACCAGAAGGGGGGAAGUGCCAGGACGGAGAAGAGCAAGCAGAAAGACACUGAACAGUCAGGUGGUUUGAUGGGGCUGUCUCGCCAGCGCCCCCUCUCCACUUCCACACCCUUGCCCAAGGACGGCACCCCCGCCCCCCUGCCCAAAGACCGGUCAAACCCAGGAAAGGAUGGGGCCUCGGUCAUUAAGGAUGCUGGCAAGCCCGUCUCCCCCCAGCGCACCUACGAGCGGGUCGGAGGGAAGAAGACCCUGGAGUAUCCGUCCGGCCCCGCGCCCGCCGCCGCGCUCAAACCACUGUGGUCCUCCAGUACCAUGUCUGAGGAUGACAUCAUCAGACGCGGCUCCUCACAGGCAGCGCCGAUUACUGUCCCCGCCGCCGGUCACAUGACCACCUCUGGCACCAAAGACAAGCCGACCCGAGGCAGGACGGGUGGCAGCAGGGAGGUUUCCAAGGAGAGGGGGGAGAAGCACCCCCCCAACAGCAACAAGACUCUUCUGCUCAACAACAGCACCAAGGCCAGCAUGGCCCCCACGACCCAGACCCCCCCCCAGAUCAGCAGCAACAGCAAAGCCCUCCCGGUCACCAACAGCUCCAAGUCAUCUGGGAAGGUGGAGGUGGAGAGGCAUGAGAAGGAGGCUGCAGACAGCCGGUCCUCCAGGAACAGGGAGAGGCUGUCCAGCCCGGAGAGGAGACCCAGCCCCAGCCUGGAGCCCAGGCACACCUCCACCCCGCAGCCCCCAAACGAGCUCUCCUCCAGGGACAAGAAGAGAGCCGUCAAGGUCUCUCAGCCCCAGCUAAAGACGGAUCCCAACGGGACCAACACUAUUAGCAGCACGUCCUCUGACUCCUCCUCCACAACCUCCCUCACCACCACCUCCCCGGCCGGACAGGGUACCACCAGGCCCCGCGCCUCCUCACGCCCGCCCCUGUUCUCCUCGGCCAGCAGCUCUGAGAGCUCCGAGUCCGAGAGCCAACCCCACACCGAGCACCCCCCGGCCCGACCCCAACGCCGCCUCCUAUCCCGCGGCACGGAGGACGACCGGGAAGGACCUGAGGCGGACCGGGAUGACGACCACGCCCUGGAAGAUGAUGGGAGCUUGGACAAGCACCAGGAGGAUGACAGCGACGGAUCGGGCUCGGCCAAGCGCCGCUACCCGCGCCGGAGCGCCCGCGCUCGCUCCAACAUGUUCUACGGGCUCACGCCCUUCUAUGGCGUGCGUUCUUACGGAGAGGAGGACCUCCCGUUCUAUGCCAGCGGGGAGGGGCUAGGCCCCGGCGCCGGGGCGGGAGGAGGGAAGAAGAGAAGCGGAGGAGGCAGGAGGUCGGCAGAGGGACAGGUGGACGGGGCAGACGACAUGAGCACCUCUUCCUCCUCAGGGGACAGCGCAGAGGAGGAGGAAGGCAGCCUGAACCCCAAGGAUCCCUACUACUACAACUUCACCAGGACCAUCGUCACCCCUGGGGGGGGCUUGCCCUCCAUCGAGGGCAUCGACCAGUGUCUGGGCAGGGGCUCCCAGCUGCAGCGCUUCCUGAAGGACGAGGAGGAGGAGGCAGUGAGCCGGGGAGCGUCGGAAGAGGGCCUACCCCACAUGAGCUUGAGCCAGCAGCGGAUUGGCCAGCUAGACGGCGUGGACGAUGGCUCGGAGAGUGACGCCAGCGUAAGCACCAACCCCACCCCGACUACCGCCGCCGCUCACCGGCCCACAGGUAAGAGGAGGGGCCGGGAUCGCCAUGCCGACAAGAAAGAGCAGGAGGCGGGGAAGGAGGCGGAGACCACCAGCCGCGGAGCAGCAGGUGGAGGAAGCAGUAACAGCCGGGACAGCAGGAAGAGCCAGAAGGACAACUGCCUCCCCCUAGGAGCCGUCAAGGGUCAAGGGUCGCAGGGUCAGGACCCCUUGGAGGCCCAGCUCUCCCUCAGCACCGACCUACUCAAGUCCGACUCAGACAACAACAACAGUGACGACUGUGGCAACAUCCUGCCCUCUGACAUCAUGGAGUUUGUCCUCAACACUCCCUCCAUGCAGGCCAUGGGGCAGCAGGCCGAGGCUUCUUCCUCAGACAUCCUGUUUGAGGACUUCCCCCAGCCGCUGCCGGGGGCGGAGCCUGUGGAAGGGGGUGUGGCGGGGGUGGAGGAACCGUACGGACUUCCUCUGGAGUUGCCCUCGGACCUGUCGGUUCUGACGACCCGCAGCCCCACUGUGAGCAGCAGCCAGAACCACUCAGCCCUGCUCUCGGACGGACCCGACCGCUCCAUGCUCGCACUUUCCUCCAAUCCCGAUGGGCUGCCGGGGGAGAAGCGUGGGGACAAGAAGAGGGGCGGCGCCGGGGUGUCUCCUGACAGCCAAUCAGAUGCGGGGAGCAGAGAGUCCCAAGUGACCGAAGGUCACAUGACACCCGAGCAUUUCAUCCCAAGCCCUGCCAUUGGUCAGGUGGUGGAUGGGGGCGGUAACCAGGAUGUGACCAGGAGCUCUGGUACCCCAGGCCUACCCAGCUCUCCCUCCCUGCCCCUCCAGGGACAGAAGUAUCUUCCUGCAACAGCCACCGCCAGCCCAGGGCCUUGCCCAAACCCUGGCCCCUCCCAGGCCCCCAGCCCUGCAGUCCACACUUCCUCCCCUCACCUCAAGCCUGGCCCAGAGAAGCUCAUUGUGGUCAAUCAGCACCUCCAGCCUCUCUAUGUACUUCAGACCCUGGCCAACGGGGUCACUCAGAAGAUCCAGAUCGCCCCUUCCGUCAGUGCCACAGGGGUGAUAGACACCAGCUCCUCGGUGCUCAGCUCUAUGACCUUGACCACUGGCCUCAGCUCUUCCGGACUCACCACCUCCCAGUCGCUCUUCCCCGCCAGGGGCAAGGUCCUGGGUGCCAUGCCCCACCAUUCCCACAUCCACGCCUUCACCGGCACCACCCAGACUGGCUUCCAGACCGGCAUCCCCAGCACCACCUCUGGCCUGCUCAUCGGGGUACCCUCCCAGGCCCAUGACCCCCACAUCCUGGUCACCGAGGCGGGCCGCCCCCCGGACAUCCGCCCCAAUGUGGCCAUCGUUUCCAGCCCGUCCUCCAUCGCCCCUUCCCCGGCAAUCCUCGCAUCCGCACAUGGCAAGAAGCGUCCCAUCUCCCGCCUCCAACCGCGAAAGACCAAGAAGCUAGCUCGCAGCCGCAGCCAGCCCACACUGGCGCCCUCGGAGGUGGGCCACUCCAACAUGACCCUGAUCAACCUGUCUUCCCCCCAAAUCACCGCUGGCAUCCCUGCCCAGCCAGGAAGCCUGGUGGAGCUGGGCACCCUCACCCCUGCCAACCCCUCGUCCCAUCGCAAGGUGCCCAACAUCAUCAAGAGGCCCAAGACAGGGGGGGUGAUGUACUUUGGGGGAGCCCAGGGGGGGAUACUAGGUUCCGACCCCUCUACCCACCUGUUGCCAUGCACCGUGGCGAGUCUCAACCCCAACCAGUCUGUGUUGAAUGUGGUUUCCAUGCCUUCCAGUGCCGCCCCGGGUCUCCUGGGCCCCGGUUCAGUCUCCCUUUCCACCCCCAUCCUCAGCUCCUCUGACAUCACCGGGCCAAUCAGCAACCUGCUCUUCAAGGCUGGCCCCCACGGGCUGGGCCUUUCGGAUCAGCCCAUGGUACUGCAGUCAGGUGGAGGGGCUAUGAUGUCACAGCUGGGCAGCGGGGUCCAAACAAGCAUCGCCUGCGUCCUGCCCUCCCAUCAGACCUUCAGUAUGGCCGUGACCCACCAGGGGGAGGCAGAGAGCAAUAUUACCCAUGCCCAGCAUCUGGACCCUGGUCAUCCUGCUCAGGGCCCUAUCCCUCUGGCUCCAGCCCCCAGCCCUGCUUCCAUGGACCCAGCCAAGGGCCGGGUGGUGGGGGUGUUCACCCAGCAGACUCCUCCCUCACAGAGCUCCCGCACCACCCCCAUCUCCAGGGCCUCAGAGAGCAGGCUGGAGCUGAGGACCCCCUCACGGACCCCCUCCACAGGGGGCCCCACUGCCGGGAAGUCCAAGCAGAAGGCCAAGAGAAGCAGGCAGAGCCCGGAGAAGACCAGCGGGAAGAAGCUGAAGAGCUGGCAGGCCGACGCUUCCAAGGAGAGCCUGAGAGACGCCAUCACUGGAUCCAGAGAUCCUAUCUCUCCAGAGCCGAUGGAAACUGGCAGACCAUCUGACAGAGGCACCAACAAGAGUGUGUACGGGGCUAGGAGAGCCGACGCUCCAGCUACCCUGACUGGGCGAGCGACGGACGAGAGAGGCAGAACCUCCGGGUCGGCAGGCCUGCAGACCCAGGGUGGAGCCGGGGGUCCGGGGUCUCUCCUGGUGGCCUCCCCCCCAGACCAGAGGGGAGGGGGCAGAGACUCCCCCAUGGAGGCCAAGCCCAAGAAGGGCCUCAUCUUUGAGAUUUGCAGCGACGAUGGUUUCCACAUCCGCUGUGAGAGCAUCGAAGAGGCCUGGAAGUCCCUGACUGACAAGGUCCAGGAAGCUCGCUCCAACGCCAGGCUGAAAGAGCUCUCCUUCGAGGGUGUGAAUGGGCUGAGGAUGCUGGGCGUGGUCCAUGACGCUGUAGUCUUCCUGCUGGAGCAACUGCACGGCUCCAGGCACUGCAGGAACUACCGCUUCCGCUUCCACAAGCCUGAGGAGCCCCACCCGCUUCCUCUCAACCCCCACGGGUCGGCUCGCGCUGAGCUGCACCACCGGAGGUCUGUAUUUGACAUGUUUAACUUCCUGGCAUCCAAACACCGCCAGCCCCCAGAGUACAACCCCCUAGAGGACGCAGAGGAGGAGGGGGCGAUGAAAGCUGCUCGGAGAACCUCCAGCGUGGACCUGCCUCUGGCUCAGAGGUUCAGGAAGCUGAAGACCUCCUCCAGGCAGAGCGUGGGCGUCUACAGGUCUCCUAUCCAUGGCAGGGGCCUCUUCUGUAAGAUGACCAUCGAGGCAGGAGAGAUGGUGAUCGAGUACUCAGGCAACGUGAUCCGCUCUGUCCUCACAGACAAGAGAGAGAAGCUCUAUGACAGCAAGGGGAUUGGCUGCUACAUGUUCCGCAUCGACGACUACGAGGUGGUGGACGCCACGGUGCACGGCAACGCUGCCCGCUUCAUCAACCACUCAUGCGAGCCCAACUGCCACUCGCGUGUCCUCAGCGUGGACGGCCAGAAGCACAUCGUCAUCUUCUCUAGCCGCCGCGUCUACCGGGGGGAGGAGCUCACCUACGACUACAAGUUCCCCACCGAGGAACCGGCCAAUAAGUUGCCCUGCAACUGCGGCACCAAGAAGUGCCGCAAGUUCCUCAACUAGACGCCACCUCCCGUCCCACCGGGAGUCGUAACUUUUCAGACGUUAACCGGACGUUUUCCAGAGAUUCUCCUGCUUCCGCCGUGGAGCCGUGGUCCCUGUGUCUUCAUAUGGGCGGUUCUAUAGGGGGACAGUGGGUGUGUCUGUAGCGGGGGUCGGUGACGCUGUGGUGAGGGUUUCCUGGACGGAGGCUGGGCAGCACACUGAUAGGAAGGACCCAGACCAGGUACUGGCCCAGAUGGCACACAUCUGGGCCCAGUCCAGAUUCUGGUCCAGACCAGUGCUCACCCAGUGUCUGUUCUGGUCCAGACCAGGGAUGACACCCUCCAGGUUCUGGUCCAGACCAGGGAUGUCCCCGUCCAGCUUCGGACCCCAGCCCUCAGCCUCUGCAGGCCUCUCAUCUGAGCGGGGCCCCUCUGUGGAAGAACAACAGAUUAUCGUGCCUCCUUCGUUGUUUCUGUUUACUUUGGAUGGAGGGAGGAUUUCAGACAGGGGAGACGGGGGGAGGAAGAAAGAAGGAUAGAAGCAAAGAGCCUUUACAGAGUUUGUAGUUUUGAAACCGUUUGAAUCCUUUGAAUAACGAGAAAAGAAUAUGCCCUUUUCAUGAGGAGAUAAAGCAUUGCCUCACCCUCCAUAUUUUUCUAGAGGAGAGAUCUGUCCUUGAGUCCUAUCUGUGAUGCUCAGGGAGGGUCUGGAUGUAGAGCGCAUAGAAGAAAAAAAAUUGCCACAUUGUUAAAAGAGUUCCGUUUAUACACCAAAGUGCAAUUUUGAGGAAGGGACUUUUACCAGUCAAUUAAAGAACAGAGAGGAGCGAGCGAACUGCUGCUGGCCUCGUCUGGUCAUACCUGCCCCUCCGUCACUGUCCCCAUGUGAAAGUCCUUCAGGCCUUCAGAAUAGCCAUGCCAAUACCCCACCCCAACCCCUCUCUCUCCUGGGCGUUGUGUUGUAGACACUGUACAUAGUUACCCAUGCUUGUCCACAGCAUCCUGGUGGAGCUGCAUAGCCUGUAAUCAACACCAGAGGGCGCUGUGGGGAGCCAGACAACAGGGCGACGGACACCUCUGUCUGUCUGUCUGCAGGAUGUUUUUAAACUGUAGUUGUGUUGCUCUUACUAGACGAUAGCCACGAGUGUACUUAUGCUAGAGCCCUAGACGUAAACUUUAGAUGUAGAAUCCGAUUUUAGGGAAAUAGAAGGGUGGGUCAUUGGAUCACAUCCCCGGUUCUGACUGAACCUAGGUGGAGGUUCUGGUGGACUGACCGACGAGGGACUAGAACUUGCGUAGUUCUGUUUUUAUGGUUACUUUUGCUUUAGUGAAACAUUGUCUAUGUUUUUUUUUUUUUUUUUUUGCUGCAUAGGAACAUGUGACCAAGGCCAGAGCCAUUGAUUGGUCCAGCACUGUACCAGUGGGGUAGAAGGAAGAGAGUGAUAUCGGAGUGUCUUUGGAAAUCAGAUUUGGAACAAUGUCUUGAAUUUACAGCAUUGAGUACCAAACGUCAGUUUAAAAAACCUUCAUAUGAAGAGUAUCUCCAUCUGUUGGAGAGGAAAACCAGCUCAUGGCCUAUAUUAAUAAUAACCGUUGACUAUGGAAUAAUAUUUUUUUUUUAUAUGUAUGAAAAUUAGUCUUUGAAGUCUUGUCUGUUAUCUGUCUGGUUUGUUAUGGACAGGGAAAUAUCAUGCUUGCUUUUGAAAUGUAAAUAAUAUGUAUAUUUUUCUAUACGAAAAGACUAAAAAGCACUCACUAGUGAAUAGCACUUAAUGACAAUGGUAUUUAUAUUUUUAAGAAAAUCGUAUUUAUUUUAUUGCCAUUUUUGUAGGAACUAGAGUGGUUUACAAACACUAAUGCUUGGGCUAAAUUUUUUUUUUUUUCAGCUGCCUUUUCAACAUGUGUGUUCUUUUUGUUGCUUGUCGUUUGUUUUCUUUGUAGCCUGAAUGUUUCUUUGAUUCCAAAGACUGAUGAUGUGGCUUCGUCCCAUUCGCUGAGAGCAGUCCACCAGUAGCUCGAUCCACCAAUAGGAAUCAUUCGUUCAGUCACGGCGGCAACCAAUGGCAUCCUAGCAUUGUGACGUUCUUAUGCACUUGAGGGAGUCCAGAGUGCUGCUCUAUGAGAAUAGCUGACACCUCUUCCCUUCCGCCUUACUGAUGAUGAUGACGACGAUCUUCAUCCAACCACACAGUCCCAAGCCCAGCCAGAUCUAGCCAGUCACAACCCUGACACAGUCUUACUUAGUCAGCUUUAAGUCAAGCCUCACCAUCUCCCCAAUCUCUAGCUGUGAAGAUAUGCAACUUACUUAGUCACCUCCGCACAGGGACCAUGUCCCUCACAAGUCCCUGCUUUCCUCCAGUUAGACCCGACAACCUCCCUAGUUCUGUCCCAGCAGCCUCGACCUGGCUUUUGCCGGUCCAUCCAUUCAGGGAUCCAGUUCUGGUCCAGCUCGCUCCCCGUCCCCCACCCCUGACGGACCACCCGCAGGUGGGGUCCUGAGUCCUGCUGGGUGCUGCUGCUAAGGCCCGCCAUGAAUGUACACACCUAGACCAACCUGAUUCUUCAUGGUGACGGUUAUCAUUACGUUUGUUCGAACCGUGAUCAGAAUGGUGAAAAGGACAGGGAAGGUGACCUCACAAGCCCCGCCGGGGGAAAGGGACAGUGGAGUUUUCUGGCUAGCCCUAGCUAAGCUAGUGUCGGGACAGGCAGGUCACACACACAAAGAACUUACGAACUAUCUAUCACACUUGCGUUGGUUAGCUAGCGAGCUAGCUGCUGCCAUCUGAAGGGCUCCGUCUACGACUCUCUACUCUCCAGAUUUAACGCAGUCCUGUGUUUGAUACCGGGUGACAAACAACAACAACAAUAACUCAUUCUUUCACCACUGUGUUUUAGAUCCAGUUCCUGUAGUAGACUCUGUUGUUAUCUGGUUGUCAUAGCAACAUACCACCUCUGUGGUCCUUCAUCUGUAAUUAACCUAUAUUAAGAUUACAAUAUAUACACAUACAUAGUAGUUAACUUGUACUUCCGUAUCUAUACAAUAUACAGAAUGGACAUACAAAUUUAGUAACAGUAGCCAACAACAAAUCUUUUAACAGUUGAUAGCAAUGUUUCAGUGUACUCUAUAAUGGUUUUGUGUUACAGUAUCAACUUAGAUAAUAGCUAAUGUACAACAUUUUGUAUAUUAAUAUCCAGUACCAGUUUUCCUGUGCCUGUGAACGUUCCCCUGACGUUGAGGGAACAUUGCAGAUGUUUAAUUUUGGAAAAGGAACGGUAUUUAUGUCAUGAGAAAUGUAAAUGUGUAACGUGGUUGUGAACUUCUUGAGGUCAGCCAUCUUGGAUUUUUUGUGUUUGAUUGUUGUAGUGAAUAUUUCCGUUUUUAUUUCUUUUUUUCUUUUUUUUUUAUUGUAUUUUUUUGUGCAUUUUUAACAGGGAUUAUUUUUGUCUGCUUACUUGAUGUGGUAGAGAAUCCAGUCUGGAGGUUUGUGGAGACCAGACGGGAGAAAGAGAUCUCCACCAAAACCAUGUUUCGCUCUCUCUCUCUCUCCUCCAUCUUGUCAACUUGCUGGGUAUUGUACCCAUCACGUACUGUUGUACACAAACUCACCAAUGAUGGUAGCGAGGAGAAGCAUUUGUAUUUAUUUAUUUUUUCGUGUAACUGUUUGUGUCUUUUCUUAUGCCUUGAACAUACUGUAUCUCUUGUCUUUCAAACUCUUCAUCAUCCAUAGCUGUCCUACAUCAACGAUGAAGAUGAAGAUGAUGUCAGUGAUGUUUUUCCCCUCUGCGUUGCUCAUCAGUGUUCUCUCAGUGCUCCACAGGAAAUGAAGGAAAUGUCGAACCACAAUAGUAAAAACCACAAAACUACUUACGGUUGAAUGUAAAAUUAGGAAAAACAAGAAUUGUAAAUAAUUGUAAAAAGAAAAGUUUCUAAUCAUGUUUAUUUUCUAUGCACUUUUUUUAUUUAAGUGAUAGUUUAAAUAAUAAACAUGUCUCCUUUACUCUA